UUGAUUUUUAGAGAGUUCGCAGCUGAUUUCUCUGCCAUUCGCACGUGGCUAAACUUAUAUGCUUUAAAAUUUGUGUUGUUACGAUUGUUUAAUUUUCCUUUUUUUGAAUGAACCUUAACCUGUGUUUCAAAAUACGUGUAAUAUUUUAUGAAAGUAACAUGAGAUCUUUUCAGUACUUACCAGUUAGUUUUAAAAGGUGUUUAAAAUUGUUGACUCCAAAUUCAACAAGAACUUUAAAAAAAUUUAGUGAUAAUACAGAAAUCAACAGUGACAUGGUACAGGAGUUUGUGAAAUUCAGUUCCAGCGCUAACAAUCCUAGUGACAAACACGACAAACAAACAAUUGCUAAUGUUAUGAAACGCUGGCAGGAAAUUUUUAUAAAAGAAAACAUUGCAGAACCUAAAGAAUCAAUUCAGCAUAUAACUGCCUCCAUUAUUGGAAUAACAAAACUUUCGGAUUUGGCUAAGCUACAAAAUGAACAAUUAAGCGAAGAACAAUUGCAAAAACUAGAAAUUCUAUGUGAAUGUCGACUCUCAAGAAUGCCAGUACAAUACUUGAUCGGCCAAUGGGAUUUCCGAGAUAUUACGCUGAAACUGGAACCACCGAUUUUUAUUCCACGACCCGAAACUGAAAUUCUAGUUGAAUUGAUGCUGAAAAGAAUGAAUGAUUUUGGAAACAAGUCUUGCGAGAUUUUAGAAAUUGGUUGUGGAUCUGGUGCUAUUUGUCUUUCAUUAUUGCAAUCUCGAAAAAAUCUUAGAGUUGUAGCGAUAGAUAUCAAUCCUCAUGCCUGCGAUUUAACCAAAGAAAAUGCCAAAAACUUAAAUCUAGAAAUGGGAUUGAUUCUUCUGAAUGCCAAGUUGAACGAAACUGGUAAUAUAUCGGUGAAAAAGAAUUACACGUCAUCUCAACCUUUGAAAUUUGAGCAGCUUCGUUUUGAUUUUAUUGUCAGUAAUCCUCCUUAUAUACCAACACAGAGGAUAUUUAGUCUUCAACCGGAAGUUCGAGUAUAUGAAGACAUCAAAGCUUUAAAUGGUGGCAAUGAUGGCUUAAGAUUAAUCAAACCUAUACUACUGUAUGCAUCUGUAGCUCUCAAUGAUGACGGAUUCCUUAUUUUAGAAAUUGACUCAAGUCAUUGCGAACAAAUAAAAAUGCUAGUAGAAGAAAAUUACGCGGGUAAAUUGCAAUUUGAGAGCGUGUACAAAGACUUUAAUGAAAACGAUAGAUACGUCGAAAUUAAAAGAAUUCAUAGGUAGGAUUGUUAGCGUUAUAUUAGCUGCCGAUGAUAGAUUGUCGUUACAGACAUUAAAAAUAACAGUAGUUAGACAUUGAAUACUUAUUGAUUUAAUGAGAAUCGUGGAGACCAGAACAACAAUACAGAGCUGAUAGUCGUAUGAAUGUUUGUAUUAUGAUUAUUAUUAAUUGGAUUUAUGAUUUCUGAUCAGAGUUUGAAACUUGUAGAAAAAAGUAAAUUUGUUUCAUCAAGCAUACUACUUGUGUUGUUUUAAUAUACUAAUAAAAAUAUACAUAGUGAAACUUAUUACUUUUUUUGCCUAUUAUUUAAAAUUUGUUUUAAGACGUAUGUGCGUCUGUGAGUGUGCAAAAUAAUAAAUUAACUAUCUUAGCCUCGUCUCUAAACUUUAAGUCAUUACUAAGUAAAACUUUUAUGUUGACAUAUAUGAGUAAAUCCGCAAAAUUUUUGAAUUUGUUAUUAAAAGAAACAUUUUUUUCUCUUUUAGUUAACUUUGAAUAGCAUUAGAAAAUAUAAGCUCAUGAUUUUUUCAGAAUCUUUUUGUGUAAAACAGCAUAAUUAAGCUGAACUUGAAAUUUUUUAAAUAAAGUCAUUUUUAGUAGGUUGAAAUUGUCAGAUAUUGAAACGAAAAUGUAUCAAAUGAUUUUUAGCAACAAUUGAACUUUAUUUGUUUUUCAAUUGUUAUAAAUAAUAAUACAACAAAUUAUUUCAAUUUU